AUGGCGUCCUCUGUAUUCUCUCACGCGCCAUCCUCAUCUUUCACCCUCCACUUCAAUUCAAGACGACCCUUUUCUCCCCAAUUCAUUUGCGUCUCGAAAAACCUAAGCUUUACAGUCAAGGCGUCGACAUCCGUAGACUAUUCAAUCCCAUCGAAAUCAUCUCCCGUAACCAAGAGCAAGCCGAGCAGCUGGCAAUGGAAGUUCGGGGGCAAUUCCGUAAAUAUACACUUCGAGAGGCUCGAGAAACACGACGGCGGCGGCGCGGCCGAUCGGCCGCGCAAGGACAUUCUCUUGGUGCCGACGAUCUCCGACGUCAGCACGGUGGAGGAGUGGAGGGUUGUGGCUGAGGAAAUCGUGGGGAGUGAAAGUGCGAUUAAUUGGAGCGCGACUAUUGUGGAUUGGCCCGGCUUGGGGUUUUCGGGCCGGCCCAAGCUCGAUUAUAAUGCUGAUGUGAUGGAGAGGUUCCUGGUGGAUUUUGUUAAUGCACCUGAUAGUCCAAUUUCCAGCUUUGUUGCAGAUAAUGAGUAUGUGGUAUUUGGAGGAGGGCAUGGUGCAACAAUUGCUGUAAGAGCUACCAAAAAAGGUUUGUUGACGCCAAAGGCAAUUGCUGCUGUUGCACCAACUUGGGCCGGUCCUCUUCCUAUUGUGUUUGCCUUGGGCUGGAUGAUGUAUAAUGUCCUUGUCAGCAACGAGAAAGCAAUCCAAUCCCAGUACAAAUCACACGUCUAUGCAGACCCCGAAAACGUGACGCGUGAGAUCAUCGAGAGCCGAUAUGAGCUCACCAAAAGGAAAGGCGCUCGUUAUGUGCCUGCUGCUUUCUUGACCGGUUUGCUCGACCCGGUAAGUUCCAGAGAGGAAUUUUUGGAAUUAUUUUCUGAUCUCCAAGGAAAAAACCGAAACGUCCCGGUACUUGUCGUGUCGACUUCUAGUGCACCAAAAAGAUCAAAAGCCGAAAUGGAAGCUCUUAGGGGAGCAAAAGGUGUGAGCAAAUUUGUGGAGGUUAAAGGCGCUUUGCUUCCUCAAGAGGAGUACCCUAAGGUUGUAGCCGAAGAAUUAUACGAAUUUUUGGUGCAGAAUUGCGAAUCGAAGGAUUAA